UCACUUCCUGGGUAUUUUCCCACACAUGAAGCCCGGCGGCGGAGGCUGAGCUCACACUGGAUGGCUGCUCAGAGCUGAUUUUGAGGGAUUAGCUGUGGGCAGGAGUGAAGAACAACUCACCGCGAAGCUUCCCGGCGCCACUUCACGGCACACUGGUCAAAAGAUGAGCUUCUCCCGGAAGGCCGGCGGCGAUCUAGUGAGAGCCUACGAUCGCAGUCUGGAGCUGCAGAUUGUGGAACAGGGCUCCAGCCUGCCAUGCAGAGAUGAGGAGCUGUGGAAAAAGGCGGAGGGGCUUCUGAGGGAUGGAAGUGCUCAGGAGAUACACUGCCUGGGUCUGGAUCCACUUAAUGUGAUGGAGGAGUCGCUCGAGGCGGUUACAGUAGCAGGAUGCAGGAGGCAGAUGAGAACCAGAGGAGGACUGCGAGGCCUGGCUAAAGCUUUUGAGGUGCUGGAGCAAGCGGCGGUGAACCUGUACCUGGGUCCCUGGAGGAAGGAGUACAGCGUAAUCCAGAUGUACUCGGGCACCUUCACGCACUGCAUCACACCUGUGCUGUCGAUGCCGCAGGUAGAGAACCUGUUUGGCCUGUUAGGGUACCAGCCCAGCCCGUCAUCGUCUGAGCUGCUUCGGCUCCAGUCGCACGCAGUCAGCCCCACCUCUGCGGACGACUUUCUUCGUUUGUCUUGUGCCGCCUUCUUGGCCCGCUGCGAGUGUCACCUUCUCGUAUCGGCUCUGGGGAAGCACAGUGGUGACACCCAGUGGGAGCUGAGUGCAGUGCUGGAGAGGCAGCGAGGAAACAGCCUGCAGGUUGCUGUGGACAACACCAGGAAGAUGCUGGAGGUCAGUGAGCAGACUGAUGGAGACGUGGAUCUGUACGGUGAUGAAGAGGCUAAUGGAGGCGAGCAGCAGGUGGUUCUCGGUAAUGACGAGAGUCCCUGCUCAGUAAUCUGGGAGGCUCAAAGCAGUUUGUUGCACCCUGCUGUCAAAACACACAGCAACAGAUCGUCGUCCCCGCUGCGGGAAUCACACGCCAGCAGAAGCUCCUCAGACAGCAAGAUGCCGGGCCGGCGUUCCCGUGGUGAGAAGAAGCUGGAAGAAGCACACUCUGAUCCCCACAGUCUGCAGUUAGAGCCAGUGGAAGCUCAUAAGGAUGAAGAUGUGUGCAGCUGUCUCCUCAACUCAGAUGUUUGUUCUUACUGCACUGACUGCAACGCCUUGCACAGUGUCACCUGUGCCAUCCUUCAGGUUUGCAAAGAGGACAGUCACAUCAUGAAACCGAUGAAGGAAGCGGAGCAGAGCGGAGGCCUCAGAUCACCCGGCCUCAGUGUGGCAGCCCUACCUCUGAGCGAAGACCCCGCAUCAAUGACUCCACCCCCUCGUGCCAUCUCCUACCAUGGCUGCUGUGAUCUCACCAAGCUAGACCCUCAGAUCCUGUGCCACACCUGCAGAGUCUUCCACUCUAAAUCCUGUAGAGAGGUCAUAUCCUGCCGGUCAAAACAUGACAGCUCAGUGCUGGGAAAGUGCUGCCAGUGUCAGAAGCAGUGCUCCAGAACUCCUCUGGUUCUGUGCAGAUACUGUGGCAGGGAAUACUGUAACAGCUGUUGGUACAGGAAUCCCGUUACGUGCGGCUGCGGCCAAACGUUUGACCAGUCGUCUUCUGUGUGACUAAGAUUGGCAAAGCUUCACACUUAUGAGCCGCGUUUAGCAAAAUCAGUGCCUUAAAUCUGUAUGUUUAUCCAGAAUGCUGCCUUGAGGGUCUGCCAGCGUGCCAUGCAUUUAAGCCUGUGGUUGUUGUUGCUGUUUUCUUCACUGAGUGUUGGGACGUUUGUGCUCCUGGUGUUUUUGCAGCCGCAGUAAGAAGAGCCGCUGUGUGCGGGAAAUGUUUGUGAUGCGUGGGAUGGUGGAUGUGAUUUUUUUUUUUUUUUGAUCAAAUGUGUGAGAAAUCAGGCGCAGCAUUUAAAAUGUUAUUGCUUCAUAACUAACACUAACAACCUUAAUGUUUUUGGAUUAGAGCAGUCUCAGCCCUCUUUGACAGGUUUCCCUCAUUUGUUUUGUAAUUAGUCAAAUGGCUGAAACUGAUUAUUUUAACGAUGAAGUAAUUUUUUUAUUAAUCAUUUGGUUAAAAAACAGACGAUUGGACUGAACUGUGAUUUCACUGACCUGUGAAAUGUGCCUGUUUUUGCCUCGGAUGUGA